AUGCAAAGGGGCUGGCAGCUUAUCUCGAAUCCACUGACCCGCUCCAUUAGCCAGAAGAAGACCAGGUGCCCGGGUGAAAGGCCCAUGUGCUCAUUUUGUGAGCGUCUCGGCCAGACUUGCACUUAUCUUCAGCGCGGACGUGAUCGCCGUGGCGCUGGUCCUCGUGGCAUGAUACGCGGGCCGUCUCCAGAGAACCCUGACCCUCCUCCAGACACGCUAUAUCACUUUGUCGAAGUGUAUCGACAGCACAUCUACUUCCAACCGAUACCCCUCUUCGAUGUUCAAUACAUUUACGACAACCUACAAUCCUUUCCUUCAUUCCUCCGAUGGGCGUUUCUAGCUAUAGCUUUGAGAUUCGCAAAGCACCCAUUUUAUGGCGGCAAUGGUAUGCAAGCAAGCGAGUUCUAUAUUGCUUCCUCUCGCAAGACUGUCAUGCGACUUGCUCUUGAUGGAGUGAGCGAGCUUGAAGUGUUACAGGCACUAUGUCUUCUGGCUCUGUGUGAGAUUAAGGACGGCUUGUGUGCAAGGGCAUGUAUGACAAUCGGGGUCGCUUCUCAGCUACAGUGCGUGCGUGUCACCCAAGCUCAGGCCCAAGCGCUUCAUAGCCGGGCUUCCAACGACCCGGCCAGUUCCAGAUGCCACUGGAGCAUCCUGAUUUUAGAGUCAGCCUUCUCUUCUCACCCGGGGGCCCGAAUACAAGGAAUCGACCCCCCAGAUUGUCCCCGAAGCCCAGCCCGACCUCUGCCUCUUUCUGCCUCAACAAGCAUGCGAGAGCAUCCCGAUUUGUUUGACAGCAACGAAGUCAACGGAAGAGACUAUGGUAUCAAUGCGUAUUGCUUGCAGAAAGUGCAGAUCUGGGGUGAGAUCGUUUCCUACAUGGAAAGUAUUCGGACCGGGAAGCACGACAGAUCGUCGAUUGCGUCACAUAACCAACUUACACUAAAGAUGUACGAGUCGGAGUCGAAACUUUCCUACCAGCACCUGUUUCGAAAAGUCAGGUUUCAGCAUCGGCAACCUUCCGAGCUGUCUGGCAACCGAGAGUAUUGGGCUCCAUGGAUACUGAUGCAGAUAUCCUAUCACGGUUCACAAGCGGCUCUUAACCACCCAUUCAUCCACCUCGUUGCACUCCGUGGAUCGCAGGGCGCAUCGCAGUCUCGUUCAUUUUUGCAGGAGACCCUUGAUAGGGCUCUAUUCCACUCUUCUUGGGUCUCCCGUUUUCUUCAGAUAUGUGAAGAGCUCCAGUUUGACAUAUCAGACCCGCUGAUUGGGCAGAUCGUUGCUACAACAGCCACCGUACCGUGGCUGUUUCAGUUUGUUAGAGAUGAUGCUAUCUCGAGUCGAGCCAAGAGAGACUUUGAAACGUGCGAGAGAUGUUUGGGUCGGAUCUCAACACACUGGCCUCACAUCGCUCAAAUGGUACAGACUCGACUUUGUCCGCACGCAGACCUUAUCCAGGCUUACAGAACUUUACAGUACCAAACGUUAAGAAGUCUCCAGUCGACGAUUGAGCAGCGAGAAGGUGACGAAAAGUCGGACCGCACUACUGUUCAGUUCCCACCUGAUGUGGUCUGGCAACUCCUCUCACCGCAAGCCAUGACGGCAUCGCGGCUGGGGCUGAGCGAUUAUCAUGGCCCGAGCCCCGGAAACGGUAUCUCGACUGCCACGCUGCAGAUAACAACGACAAUCGUUCACCCAGCCACAGAGGACGAACUGAGUCAUCAGACGGAGGUGGAUGCUCAGGACACACAGAUGCCGUGGGAGGAUGUCUUUGACCAGCCGUUUCUAACAAAUCUGCUGUCGGACUCGCUUGUCGAAGACUAUUCCUGGCUGCCGUUUAAUUAG